GUCCCUGCUAUAAGAUGGCGUACUUCCAUGACGUGUCGAGCCGCGUCGCCUUCAGCGAGGCGCGUCAGGCCUGCGAGAUGGACGGAGGAGCGCUUCUCAGCAUCGAGAGCUCGACGGAGCAGCGAGACAUCGAGCGCCUGCUGCAGGUGAGACCCACACCUGGGGGCGGGGGCAUAGCUGAUGGGGACUUCUGGAUCGGCCUGACUCGGGUGGAGGGAGUGGAUCAGACUCACUCGGAGCUCAGCAAUGCCUUCACUUCCUGUCCGCAGCUCUACCAGUGGACCGACGGCAGCGUGGCCUCCUUCAGGAACUGGUACUUCGAUGAACCGUCCUGUGGAGGUGAGGCCUGCGUUGUCAUGUACCAUCAGCCAACUGCGCCUUCUGGUCUGGGCGGGGCUUAUCUCUACCAAUGGAACGACGACCGCUGCAACAUGAAACACAACUUCAUCUGCAAAUACGACCCAGAGAGCCAUCUGGUGAACGAACAUGGUGACACACCUGGUGGGCAGGAUACAGCAGUGACUGCAGGUGGAGGCGUGGCCACACAGCCUGCAAACAACGAAGACGUUCCACCUCAGGUCACCAUGGCCGGAGCUUCAGGUAUGCUGCUGCUGUACGUCGUCAUCCCCACCAUCCCCCUGCUGCUGCUCAUCCUGGUGGCUUCUGCCACCUGCUGUUUUCAGAUGCUCAGCAGAAGUGAUUCCCGAACCAAGACGCCCGGCGACCAAUCAAAUCUGUGGAUUUCCGGGUCACCCAAAGCUGACAGCAUGGAGGUCUGACAUCACAGGACAGUGUCAGCAGGGCAGAGGGAGGACAUCACUCUACGGUCAAACCAAUCAAUCAUCUUCAUCGCAGGGUGUUUACGGACAGGCGGCGAUGUCAUCACAGAGACUUCUUCUUCUGUACUUCUUAUUCCAGUUUCCUUUCUCUCGUUUUAUCAACCGUCCCUUUGCUCUUCUUCAAUCCUCCACCACUUCCUCCUCGUUUCUUUUUUGCUCCCCUUUUCUUUGUCCUCCUUGAUUUCUCCUUUUCUUCCCUCCCUGCUCCUCCUCUUGUUACUGUCAGCCAGACGCUCCAUGUUUAAUUAAACGAGUAAAUUGGGUGAAGUUAAUGAAGGAGGGGAGCUCUGAGCAGCUGAGAGUAAAUCAAGCGUCCCUCGGGGGGUGGAGUCACAGCAGGGGUGCGUUUGAUUUCACAGAGAGCUGAUGAAGCAGCUGCUCCACGGAGACGGGGGG